AUGCGUUUCAUCAUUGCCUUCCUUCCGCUCAUGUUCUUUGCGUUCAGAACACUGGAUGCGAUGAUCUCGAAGUUCUACAUCUUCGACCCCGUCAAGCUUCAGGAGCUGUCCCAGAACUCAAUUGCAAAGUACGGAGGUCCGGGCGGCAACACAACAUUGCUGCUUGAGGACCUUGUGGAGGGUCUGCGUGGGGAGUAUGGUGAUAAGUACGUCAACAAGCUUAGUAAGGAGGAGUGGUUUUUCAACAAUGCUGGUGGUGCAAUGGGCGCUAUGAUCAUCCUCCAUGCGUCAAUCACAGAGUACCUGAUCAUCUUUGGCACACCAUUGGGAACUGAGGGUCAUUCGGGGGUACACCUCGCGCACGACUACUUCACCAUCUUGUCAGGGGAGCAGCAGUUCGUGAAGCCCGGUGAGAUCGAGCCGACUGUCUACUCCCCCGGCAUGCAGAACCAUCUUCCCCGUGGAGAUGCUGGACAGUACAUCCUCAAAGGCUGGGCAUUGGAGCUUGCGCAAGGUUGGAUCCCGUCUAUGCUGCCAUUUGGAUUCUUGGACACCUUCACAUCUACUCUGGACUUUGCGAACAUUUGGAAGACUACCUACCUCACUGGGAAGGGAAUUAUUGGACAGUUGAUGAUCGGAAAGAUCUAA